UACAAGUUUACCGUAAAUUCAAAGUAAAUUUAUUUUAGACGGAUCUAAUUUUUAUCUUAAAAUGUCUACUGAAAAAAAGAAAGCAUUAUUUAUAUGUCUCGGAAAUAUUUGCCGCUCACCAAUAGCAGAAGGGGUAUUCCAAAAGACUGUCAAUGAUAUGGGAUUAGGUGACGAGUGGGAAAUUGACAGUGCAGCCAUAGGUGGCUGGCAUGUUGGUAAUUCACCUGAUUGGAGAGCCCUGGACACCAUGAAAAAACAUGGUGUACCAUACAACAAUUGUGCUAGGCAGAUCAUAUCAGAAGAUUUUAACCAUUAUGAUUUUAUAUUUGGAAUGGAUGAAACCAACAUGAAGGACCUAAAAACAAGGGCACCAAGAGGCAGUAAAGCUAAAUUGCUUCUCUUUGGAGAUUUCGACCCGCAAGGUGACAGAAUCAUCAGAGACCCAUAUUAUGAUAGUGAUUCAGCAGGAUUUGAAAAAUGUUACCAACAGUCAGUUAGAUGUUCCAAAGGUUUCUUAGAACGAUUAGCAGCGGGCGAGUUGAAUAAUUAGUUGAGAAAAGUAAACUGACCAUGUAUUUAAUAAUUUCAAUUACAAAAGUAUAAUUCUCUUUAUUUUUUUUUAAACAAUGUAAGUGUCAUCAAUCGGUGUCUUAAGAGUUUUUUUUUUGGCUUUUAUAAUGACAUAUUAGUAAAAUAAUAUCUAUAAUUUUGUCAGCGCUGUAGUUGUUAUAGGUUGAAAAAGAUGUAAAUAGAAACAUUGAUAACUCUGGUUUGUAACUAAUACAUUCUAAGUUUAAUUACAAAAGGUUUUUGGAAAUAGAAA